CACAGCACCAGUAGCUAUAAUAAUGUACUGUACCGGUAGCCAGCAACAUCACCACCACUACUCCACUACGCUUCCACUUCCGAUACCCACUUCAGGUACCAUAGUACGUUACAGACAACAUGUCUCUUUCCUUACAACAGGAGAUGGAACGCAUCUACGACGACAGGAUGAUGGAUAUGAUACCUGAACGACUCAAGGCACUGCUACAAGACGAAACACUGCCUCUCUGUAGUGGCUGUGGCGUCCACGAAUCCAAUCUGUCUUUUCAGUGUCAGAACUGCCUCUUGGAGUGUUACUGCUCCGAGUCUUGUCGUGCAUCUCAUUCCAAAAAUCACUACUCCAUCUGCCAGCACCACUGUCAAAUGAGACAAAAUCCUGAAAUGCCCCGAUCAUCCACACCGCGCAUUUCCUUGGCACGGGGAGACGAUGUGCGAAUUUUGGCGGGUGUCGCCAAUCGCAUUCGAUGGGCCGAUUAUUUGGUGCAGGUGGGAACACGCCACGCUACUACUACAUGUAGUAAGACAAACCAUUUUUAUUUGCGACUAGCGCUCAAAACCUACUUGCACUGUCUCGUGUGGGGCGCCCGACGCAUUCAUCGCGGACUUGCGGCCGAACCGAGAGCCCUCUGUCUCAUGGCGCUAUUGGGCGGGGAUGCCCAGUUGCUCUUGGAUUGGUAUUCCUAUACUUCCAGUUGGGAUGCUCCCGAGAAUCCACAAGACGAAAACGAUGUUUCACCCGCUCCAUCCGAUCAGAGUCGACAAAAAGCUCAGUAUCCGCUCUUGGCACUUCAUGGGCUCUUUGAACAAGACACGGAAGACUCGGACGAUUGCGUCUUUUCCAACAUGUACUUGUUGGUGUGCAUCCGAUCGUUGGCUAGGCAUCGCAAGCUCGUCACAGGGUUUGCAACCUACAGGGACGUGCGUACGACGUUACCCGAUGCCGUCCAAGACCACAUUGCUUCGUUUUUGUGGAGCCGCAGCGACCAGGAGUAUGCCGCCGCAUUGGCCGAUGAUGAAAUUGGUCGUGUGAUUCAGCAUAUACAAGAGCACAAACGCGAUGGGAGAUUGUUCUUGCGUCAGCUGCAGAGCCACGUUCCGUUGACACCCGAAGAUGCGCCCCAGUUGUUGGCGGGGAAACGGGGCGAGCGGAAUUUGGACGGCAUACCCGACGCUUCAGCGCUUCCCGAGUUGUGGACGUCGUAUCAAGCAUGUUUUGGCCAUACCGAACUGGCCGAAUUCUUUUUGCCCCAACAUGAUAAGGAAAAGAAGGAUUAGGCGGCUGUCUCGAGCCAAGGAGAAUUAGAGGCACCAGUACAAGGGGUCAGGUUGCAAACUAGUCCAUGGCAACCUUAGAGUCUCAAAACGAGCUGGCAACCAUGAGGAAUAGCUAACCUUUUGCGAGGAUGGAACUUGCCACCUCUAGCAUUCCUUAGGAAGUUGUGACACCCACGUGCAAUCUGAUCGCGCUAUGCUUGAGGUGGUGGCUUCAAAUCUGAAUCCGUACUGAGGGACAUAAUCUACCUACUCUAAACCCCCGUUAUCGUACUGGGGACAGUAAAUUUCCAGCAUUCAAAUUUCCAUCAUUCCCCUGGGAUAAUGG